AUGUUGUUCUUGUUCGCGCUGAUGUGCUACUUUCAAGCACUCGUCAUAGCUACGGACGAUAUUCCAUCGAGCGAGGAUGAAACAGCUGUGGACCAUCCGACGAAGAAAGUAGCCGUGAGGGUAGUCGGCGGGAAAAUCACUGACAUAAGAAACUACCCGUUCGUCGUAGUUCAGCUGAAGCACCCCUUUCAUAUCACUUCGUACGUGCAAUACUCCACCCUUCCUUUGGCCUAUGAUGCAAACAUUUACAAAACGUACACUGACCGCUGUACUGUGGUUGGCUGGGGACGAUACGUAGCUGGAUCUGAUAAAGGAGUCGGCACAUAUCUUCGGCAUGGACAUGUGUCGCUAAUUCCGCCAGAAAAAUGCCCAGUCGAAGGAGCCAAUGACAAGGUGCACUUAUGUGCAGGCGUAUUAGAAGGCGGAGUAGAUGCUUGUCAAGGCGAUAGCGGUGGACCAUUAUUAUGCAAUAGCACGCAAGUGGGUAUAGUAUCCUGGGGAAAAGGCUGUGGUAAACCUAAUAAUCCAGGCGUGUAUGCUCGAACAGAUUUAUAUUUAGACUGGCUAAAUGAAACUGUAACAAGAAAUAACGGAACUCAGAAUCUCUUUAACUUCAGGAUCAUGUUUAUUUUGAUAAUGUGCUACGUAUUUUAAAAUUUUACAGCCACUUCACGUAAAAUCAAUAAUGUUAGUAAUAGAACGGAAACAAUAUAAAAGAAACAAUCAAAUAUACGGCAAUAUUAUGUAUAAGUAUUCUAUGUAAAUAUAAAUCAAUUUAGAUAUAAUAUUUUUUUCCAUGAAUGUAUUAAGUGUAUUGAUGCUAUUUUCGAACCGCGCGAUCGAAUGCAUUAUCAAAAACUUACUUAAUACGCGUAACGUGCAAUAACAUGACUGUAUGAGCCAUAUCUACUAAAUUAUAUAGGCUGAUUCAUAAAAAGUGCUAUCAAUGGAACAGGGGACUGUAUUUCAGCCAUAUUUUAUUCCGUCCAUGUAGGCUAGGCACCUCAGGACAAAUACUACCGGAAGCGGAUGCAGCUUCCAUAUGCGUAGUAAGCGUAGACCAGAGAUGACGUGCCCUGACUCCUCCUCCACUGUAGCUUUUAACUCCCACUUUGAAUUCAGUUGUUUUUCCCACUAAUGAAACAUUAGAUACACACGCCAAGCCUGGGGCCAUUCAACAUAGCACGAGAAUCGAAUCGGGGAUAUGGCCCGCAGACUCACAUACUCACCACCCCUGAUGAUGCCGCAAAAAGAUAGUUUAUCUACAUACUGUUCUUUUAUGGUAGUACGGAUGUAGCCACGACCUUUCUUCUUCCAGUUGCUUCAUAAUUUCAAAUCGUUUUGACUGCCAGUCUUGAUCCCUAUGCAGAGCUUUUCUUUUU